CAGGGGUGCCAACCAGCAGUCUGGCGCAGCAGCGUGGAGUCGUGUCUAAGCUUGGCCGCGAUGAACUGGAGGAUAGGUUCCUACGGCUGUACGAAGAAAACCUACUGCUGAAGAAGCAUGGCAGGAACCAGGAGGACAAGAUCAAGAGGAUGGCAACGAAACUGCUGCGACUUGUUAAUGACAAGAAGAAGACUGAGCAAGAGGGAGGAGUUAAGAAGAGGGAUGUCGAAUUAGAGGAAAUGAUGGAAGAUCUCCAAGGGAAAGUUAGGGAUUUGGAAUACCAAAACAAUCUUCU